UAUCCGCCGGUGACCAAUUUUUCGAUUAUUUUGUCGAAGUAUGUAGUGUUUAACUUAACUUAUUGUAAAUAAUGUAGCAGUGCAAUGGGUGUAACAUUGUUUAAAUUAGUUAAAUGAAAUGUGAGUUAAAAUAAACAUCAAAACAGAUGGUUUAUACAAAACUGAUCAGUACAUUUGCACCGGGUAGGUAAACAAACAUUUUGCCUGAACUGCGCAUGGCGUUUGUUUAUUAUAUACCAAACGUACGCGAGAUCUCACCCAUACUUCGCUCGACCACGUGCUCCCCGAAAUGUGAAUGAUAUAAACAGACUGUGUGUUCAUGACGCGGAAUCGCCAAAAGUCAUGCUUUGUUUGGGGGGUUGAGAGGGCAGCAUUCAGCGGUUUCACCUACACCACAUCAAGAGGACCGACUAAUCAUUCGAGCGUUCGAUCAAAGCUCUGCUACUGUAAGGUCACUUGUCACUUACAGCUGAGUUUGGUAGAUGACACACUUGAAUCACACGCACUUUGUCGUCAUUAAGUAGGUACCUAUAUUCGAUGACAUCAAGCGUAACAGGAAGUAAUGGUAAUUAAUAAGUGGUGAUUGCCUAGAGCAGCUUGCUAGCAUAGUCUAGAACUUCGAUUGGCUCUAGAAGUUUGCAGUUAGAAAAGCUCCACCAUGACCUCCAACUGGGAUAAAUUUCGGCUGCUGCUGUGGAAAAACUGGGUAAUCCAGAAAAGGCAUUACGUUCAAACCAUAUUCGAGAUAACCAUUCCGGUGCUGGCUUGUUCAUUAUUGAUUCUUGUUCGUGGUUUGGUAAAUCCCUCAACCUACAGCAAACCGACGACCUUCGAAAGCCUGAAUGUGAGCAGUAUAGCAAAUAUACGAACUCUCGUAACGAAUCAUCCGAUUGACUUAACUUUGGCCUAUGCCCCCAAGAAUGCACUCCUAGAACGGGUUGUUCGGAAAGCUGCUCGAACCUUAGGAACCGACGUAAGAGUGCGAAGCUAUAAUGAUAGCAAAAGUAUGUAUAACGUGCUAGUGACCAACAACUACUUAGCAGGAAUUGAAUUUGGGGAUAAUUUAGAGAACAUUACCAGCAUUCCGGAUGAUAUUUCAUUUGCCUUGCGCUAUCCAAGUGAAAUGAGAACGACUAUGCUUCCGGGAGCACAGUUCUGGGCUAACUGGCGUACCUUUCUGGUGUUUCCUCCGUUUCAAACCUACGGAGCUCGAGCAGUCAAUUACACAGACGGUGGAUAUCCGGCCAAUUAUUACGGCGAAGGUUUCGCUUCUGUACAAAAUGCUGUUACACGUGCCUUACUAAGCAUUAAGAAUGUGAAUCUCACGCUACCAACUGUUUCGUUAAAGCGAUUCCCGUAUCCGCCCUUCUACAAUGAUCCACUGCUACGAGGGUUGGAAAAUCUUUUUCCCGCCAUAAUAAUGAUCGCCUUUUUCUACUCGUGCAUAAAUACGGUCAAAUUUAUUACCCUGGAAAAGGAGCGGCAGUUGAAGGAAACGAUGAAAGUGAUGGGUCUUACCGGUUGGCUGCACUGGACCGCGUGGUUUGUGAAAACAUUAAUUCUUCUGUCGAUUUCGAUCACGCUGAUUACGGUGCUGCUCUGCGUUAGCCUUACCACCAAUACGGACAUAGCGAUUUUCGAGUUCUCGAACUGGCUUUUGAUUUGGAUUUUCCUCUUCAUCUACAGCAUUAUGACCAUCACGUUCUGCUUUAUGCUUAGUUCGUUCUUCUCUAAAGCAAACAUCGCAUCCGGCGUUUCCGGAAUCAUAUGGUUCUACUCAUUGACGCCCUACAAUAUAACCUUCGGUAACUACGAUCGUAUGUCCUUGGGAGCCAAAUUGGCCUCCAGCUUGUGGUGUAACACGGCAAUGGGCUACGGUUUUAUGUUGCUCAUGAAACACGAAGGCACAUCGGUUGGAUUACAAUGGUCAAAUUUGUUUUCACCAGUAACAGUCGACGAUCAGCUAACAGUAGCACACGUCAUGGGUAUGAUGAUAGUUGAUGCAUUAAUUUACCUGUCCAUUGCCUUAUAUGUGGAACAAGUUGCUCCAGGACAAUUCGGCGUUCCGAAAAAAUGGAACUUUAUAUUUACCAAACAAUUCUGGUAUCCCCAAAGCAGAUACGAACGUCAAACAAACACGCUGAACAGAGAAUACCUAACCAAUCAAAGCCAGACGAAUGCAGAGGAGGAGCCCACGGAUAGACAUGCAGGAAUCAAGGUGCUAGGACUUACCAAGAUAUACAAAGGAAACAAAACGGCUGUGCACGAUUUAACGUUAAAUUUCUAUGAAGGUCAAAUAUCAGUGCUGCUAGGUCAUAACGGGGCUGGUAAAACGACGACAAUGUCGAUGCUAACCGGAAUUUUUCCUCCAACGAGUGGAACAGCAGUAGUCAAUGGAUUCGACAUACGCUAUGAUAUUGAGCAACUAAGAAACUCGCUAGGGCUAUGUCCACAACACAAUGUUCUAUUCGACGAAUUAACUGUUGCGGAACACAUAGAAUUCUUUGCGAAACUAAAAGGACUCAAGGAUAGGCAAAUCACUGAAGAAAUUAACAAGUACAUACGGCUAUUGGACUUAGAAGAUAAACGAGAUGCACAAUCGCACACUCUCUCCGGUGGAAUGAAACGAAAACUUUCCAUGGCUAUUGCACUCUGCGGAAACUCAAAAGUGGUGCUGUGUGACGAACCUACCUCAGGGAUGGAUCCCGCAGCAAGACGAAUUCUCUGGAAUUUGUUACAGCAAGAGAAAAAAGAACGUACCAUCUUGCUCUCGACGCAUUUCAUGGACGAAGCCGAUAUUCUGGGAGAUCGAGUGGCUAUAAUGGCUGAGGGUGAGCUGAAAGCCAUUGGAUCACCAUUCUUCUUGAAAAAGAAAUUCGGUCAGGGUUACAGGCUCGUUUGUGUUAAAAACAAUGACUGUGACCCUACGGUUUUGACCAAAUUAUUGCAGAAUUACAUUCCGGAUAUAGAAAUAGAUACCGAUAUUGGAACCGAGUUGAGCUACGUACUUAAGCAACAAUAUCUGAGCAAAUAUGAGGCAAUACUGUUAGAUUUAGAGCAGCACACCGAAGUAUGCGGAAUUUCCAGUUUUGGAAUCACCAUGUCAACUCUGGAAGAAGUAUUUAUGAAACUAGGAAGUGACUCGAAUGUACAUGAUCAGCUGGAACAACCUUCUAUGAUCGCUAAUGGACAUACAUUUGAACCUCAUGAAUCUCUUUCACUAUUAGCCGACGGCAAGAGGCUACUGGCGAAUCAAAUCAAAGCUAUGUUCAUGAAAAAGUAUCUCAGCUUUAUUCGAGCCUGGAAGAUCUCAACGCUGCAAACUACGUUGUCUAUGUUUUACAUUAUAGUUAUUAUAGUUAUUGUACGCUCUUUUCCGAACAAUAUCGUUUUGCCACCGCUGGAAAUCUCAUUCAAAUCUUACUCACAGCUGACAACAGUAUUGGAAACAAACGACAAAUUUGCGCCAGUCUCGAGGAGUUACAUCGAUAUUGUGACGGAAGCAUCACCACCAAACAAACUGGCUGUUAUUCCAGAAUCAUUCACCAAUUACAUUCUUGAAAAGUCCAUGGAGAAUAUCAAGCAGGUGGACAAUAAGUACAUGAUCGGAGCCACGCUAGACGAAUCGGAGCUCAACUACACGGCAUGGUUCAACAACAAGGCCUACCAUACGGCACCACUUUCGUUGAACACGAUCUACAAUGCGAUAUUGCGAACGUUUUGCGAUAACUGCACCCUAGACAUUAUGAAUAAACCGCUGCCAUACAGCUCCAGAGUUCGGUUUCUACGCCUGCAAGCCGGCAGUAAUCUAGGAUUUCAGUUGGCCUUCAAUACGGGCUUUGCGAUGGCUUUCGUUGGAGCCAUGUAUGUGAUGUUUUAUAUCAAGGAGCGAGCCUCCGGUGCUAAAUUGUUGCAGUUCGUUAGUGGCGCCAAUGUUGUGGUGUUUUGGGUUGUUUCAUUUUUGUGGGAUUUUAUGGUGUUCAUCCUAGCAAUGCUUCUCUACCUUCUAACUUUGUCAGUAUUUCAAGAAGAAGGAUGGUCAUCCGCUACGGAGCUGUCUCGGGUGGCUCUUGUUAUGCUUUGCUUCGGAAGUGCAGUUAUUCCGUUCACCUAUCUAGGGUCGUACUUUUUCCAAGUCCCUUCGACCGGAUUCAUCAAAAUGCUAAUAUUCAAUAUUUUCACUGGAACUGUGUUUUUCACCGGAAUCUUUCUACUCAAGUAUAGUGAAUUUAAUUUGAAGGACGUUGCCGAAACACUUGAAUGGAUCUACAUGAUAUUUCCGCACUUCGCGCUAAGUCAUAGCUUGAACAACAUUAACCUCAUUUUGACAAUUCGGCAGAUAUGUGAUGCGCAAUGCGAAGCAAUGCCAUUUUGUACCGACGAUUUGUUGUGUAGCUUCGACAAAAGAUGUUGUGAUACAGACAUUUUCUCCUUUCAACCAACUGGAAUCAGCCGGAAUUUGGUGUAUAUGCUGGCCGUGGGUGUCAUUUCAUUCACAAUUUUACUAGUAAAUGAGCUUAAAAUUUUCAACUGCAACUUUAAAUGUUCCAAACCAUGGGGUAAAGCCCAGAUUACCGCAACUAGAAAAGAUACAAGCGAAUCAGAUUCGGAUGUGAAAGAAGAACGAGAUCUCAUUUAUGGUAUAGAAGAACGGGAUCUCGAUAAGUAUUCAUUGGUCUUGAAGGACGUAUCCAAAUACUACGGAUCAUUCCUGGCCGUUAAUCGAUUAUCGCUUAAGGUGGAAGGACGCGAAUGUUUCGGAUUGUUGGGUCAGAAUGGGGCUGGCAAAACAUCAACCUUCAAGAUGCUAACGGGAGACGAAAAGCUUUCAACCGGAAAUGGUUGGGUGCAAGGAGUUUCAAUGAAAGCAAAGAUGAAUGAAGUAAACCGUUUGAUUGGGUAUUGCCCACAAUUUGACGCUCUAUUGGAAGAUUUGACUGGACGAGAAACGUUAAAAAUUAUUGGACUUUUGCGAGGUGUUCCCCGGAAAUGCAUUGAUUCGGUUUCUUCAACACUUGCGGAAGAUUUCAAUUUCACUAAGCAUCUCGAUAAGCAAAUCAAAACUUAUAGCGGUGGCAAUAAACGAAAAUUGAGUACCGCACUAGCUUUAAUCGGCCACCCACUAAUAGUGUACCUGGACGAACCGACUACCGGUAUGGACCCGGGAGCAAAGCGGAAUUUCUGGAACGUGAUCUGCCGGAUUCGGGCCAAUGGCCAGGCCAUCAUUCUAACCUCGCACAGCAUGGAAGAAUGCGAAGCACUGUGCACUCGCAUCGCAAUUAUGGUGAACGGGGAAUUCAAGUGCCUUGGAUCGGCCCAGCAUCUUAAGAACAAAUUCACCGAAGGGUACUUCUUAACAGUUAAACUUAGCAAAUGUGAUAAACCAACUACAGAUGAUAGAACCAAUCUAGUCAUGAAUUUUAUCGAAACUCAACUAGAAGGAAGCCGUCUAAGGGAACGUUACCAGGAUUAUCUGACGUACCACAUUGAAAAAUCGUCCCUCAAAUGGUCAACAAUGUUCGGACUCAUGGAGCAAGCCAAGGCCCGGUUCGGCAUCGAAGACUACGCUCUGGGACAAACGACGUUGGAACAGGUCUUCCUAGCUUUGACGGCUUCCCAGAGACCCAGUGAUGAGUGAUCUGCACUCUGGAAAUUUCAGUACUUGAAGGAACACAAUCUCGAAUAACAAAAACAACAACAGUAAGUACUUAUUUAUUUACAGUGAAUAGCAACAGAAGCUACGAUUUUGUUCAUUAAAUGUUGUGCAAUAAUAAACAAAGGUUU